CGAUGCCGUGGGUGUGCGGCCAGCUCUGCUUCCUCCUCCUGGGCACGCAGACACCCCACCCCUGGCCGCCAUUCCUGCCUCCAGGCCUCCUCCCGGGACCCGCGCACUUGAACUUGGAGCUGGACUUCGCCGGCAGCUCCGCCCCCGGCCGUGGCCACCGCGGUUCCCGAGCCGCCGGCCGCGAGCGCCCUGAGGGAGGAUGUGGCUCUGGUUGGGGCUCGUCGGACAGAAGCUGCUGUUCUGGGGCGCGGCGAGCGCCGUGUCCCUGGCCGGCGCUUCGCUGUUCCUGAACCUCCUGCAGAUGGUGGCGAGCUACGCGCGGAAAUGGCAGCAGAUGAGGCCCAUCCCCACCAUCGGCCGCCCCUUCCCCUUGGUGGGACACGCGCUGUAUAUGAAACCGAGCGGGAAAGAAUUUUUCCAGCAGUUAAUUCAGUACACAGAAGAAUAUCGACACCUGCCACUGCUGAAACUCUGGCUUGGGCCACUACCAGUUGUGGCUCUUUAUAAUGCAGAAAAUGUGGAGGUAAUUUUAAAUAGUUCAAAGCAAAUUAACAAAUCCUCUAUGUACCAGUUCCUAGAGCCAUGGCUUGGCCUAGGACUCCUUACAAGUACUGGACACAAAUGGCGCUCCAGGAGAAAAAUGUUAACACCCACUUUCCAUUUUACAAUUCUGGAAGAUUUCUUAGAUAUCAUGAAUGAACAAGCAAAUAUAUUGGUUCAUAAACUUGAAAAACACGUUGACCAAGAAGCAUUUAACUGCUUUUUUUACAUCACUCUUUGUGCCUUAGAUAUAAUCUGUGAAACAGCAAUGGGCAAGAAUAUUGGUGCUCAGAGUAAUGAAGAUUCUGAGUAUGUCCGUGCUGUCUACAGGAUGAGUGACAUGAUAUUCCGAAGAAUGAAAAUGCCCUGGCUUUGGCUUGACCUUUGGUACCUUAUGUUUAAAGAGGGAUGGGAACAAAGAAGGUGCCUUAAGAUCCUACAUAGGUUUACCAACAAUGUCAUCGCAGAGCGGGUCAGUGAGAUGAAGACAGAUGAAGAACACAAAGAUGCUGACAGCAGCUGUGCCCCCGCCACCAUCAAGCGCAAGGCUUUUCUUGACUUGCUUUUGACUGUGACUGAUGAAGAAGGGAACAAGCUCAGUCAUGAAGAUAUUCGAGAAGAAGUCGACACCUUCAUGUUUGAGGGCCACGACACAACUGCAGCGGCAAUAAACUGGUCUUUAUACCUACUGGGUUCUCAUCCAGAAGUGCAGAGAAAAGUGGACGAUGAACUGGAUGAAGUGUUUGGGAAGUCUGAUCGUCCUGCUACCUCAGAAGACCUGAAGAAACUUAAGUAUCUGGAAUGUGUUAUUAAGGAGACCCUUCGCCUGUUUCCUUCUGUUCCCUUAUUUGCCCGUAGCCUCAGUGACGACUGUGAAGUGGCGGGUUUCAGAGUCGUCAAAGGCACACAAGCAGUCAUCGUUCCCUAUGCAUUGCACAGAGAUCCAAAAUACUUCCCCAAUCCUGAGGAAUUCCGGCCGGAGCGGUUCUUUCCCGAAAACGCACAGGGACGCCAUCCUUACGCAUACGUGCCUUUUUCUGCGGGACCCAGGAACUGCAUAGGUCAAAAGUUUGCCAUUAUGGAAGAAAAGACAAUUCUUUCCUGCAUCCUGAGGAAGCUUUGGGUAGAAUCCAACCAGAAAAUGGAAGAACUUGGUCUGGCAGGAGAGUUGAUUCUUCGUCCAACGAAUGGCAUCUGGAUCAAGUUGAAGAGAAGAAAUGCAGAUACAGCCUAACUAUAUUAUUGGGCUGUGCCCUUAUCAUGGAAAAAGUCUUCUGUAACUGAAACUUGGCAUUACAUUUAUAGAACAGAAGUUCUCUACUCCGAAUCCCUAUACCAAAUUUUUCUUGUCACUACUGAUCUUGGGGUCAGGUCCACCAAAGAGAGAGUCUUUGUAUUUUAAUCACCAUCAUAGAUGCAGAGCUACCUGAAUCAGUCAGUAUCCAAAUAAACAUAUACACAUUUAUCAACAGAGGGAUCCACAGACCAAUUCCAUUUCAACCGAUGGAUCCAAAAGAUAGACUUUAAUUGAAGUUUCAGGAUUUUUAAAAGGUGUUUGUUGACUCAUAUGUACACAUAUAUGUAUGUAUGUAUCUACAUAAAAUAUCAUUUGAAAGGAUGAGGAAUUAAGUGGUUUGAUUUAAGGAGAUUAGUUAUUUGAAUUUUACCAGUGAUUCAGCUAUGGUAAGAAAAAUUAUUAUAGUACUUUUCAGAUUUUACACUUAGUGCAGAUUACUUAUAAAUGACUUUCAGUUUUCCUUUUGACUGUACCCAUAUGGCCUUCAUUUCAUUCUUCAUAGAAUCAUGGUUGUCUUUAUAUGUAAUAUAUUAUGGGAAGAAAUUCCUUUUGGUAGCCUUCAGUCUCUCACUGUGCCUCAAAGGGUGGGUUAAUGACUUUCGCAGCGGGGUUGACCUUAGGAUACACCUGGCUUAUUCUCCUGUAUAUUAGAAGGGAAUGGAAUCAACAGGCAGAUAAGCCUCUGCCCAGAGGUUGAGACAGGGUUGGAACUAGAUAGAGAUCUGUCCUUUUAUCAUCCCCACCCCUACUCUGAUGUAGUUUCUUCUACAGUAUACUGGUGCUAUGUGGAGCUCAGGUCCAUGACUAGAUGUACUGUUAGAACAUAAGACUUCUGCCUCUGAUUUAAUCAUCUAUGUGCUGAAAUUCUUCCCCGUUUAAAGUCAAAAAGAAGUCAUUCGUCUAUAUUUAGUAACCUAGAAAUAUCUCACUUGGUGUAGGGUUAGACCUCUAGUUAAUUCAGUCCUCACAAAUGUGACUCUCAAGCUGAUAACUAACACCCCUUCCCUGAAUUUCCAUUCCACCAACAAUACCUCUACUCCUUCACUGAUUUUUGAAGAUUUCUUUUAAGAACUUAUUUAGCAAGUUUCUUUCUCAACUUCUCGAAGGCAAUAACAGAAACAGCAAAUUGCUUGGAAGAAUAUCUGUUCUUCAUAGGAAUCAAAGGAAGAGAUGAUAAGAUCACAGCCAUCUGGCAAACACUGCAGCCUGUGACAUUUAGGGCAGGGCCAGCAGCUCAGUGCCUGCUGAUGAGUAGUCAAGGAAAUAGGAGAUACAAUUGGAGAAGAUGCCCAUCAAAUGCUGUUAUCUAGAAAAUGCAUAUAUGUAGAAAGUCUCCCUCACAGAUGAUUUUGUGUCAUUAAAGUUUUAAUUGUCAUCAGUA